AGCGCGAGUCGCGGCUGGGGAUGCUUGCGGGUCAGGCCGCAGCUGCGAGGCCCGACUCAACCCCGCGGGCCUGGGGUCUGGAGAGAGAUCAGCUGGUGCGGGAGCGGGCGGGGCAUGGGAUGCUCUUCUGCUGUACUUUCUCUUGGCGUUCAGGAGGUUGCCUAGUUACGCUUUAGAGAGCUUUGCAUCAGCUCAGAGUUCGUCUGACAAGUGAGGAAACUGAGGGCAAGAAGUGUAAGACGUAUCAUCUCCUGGGCCACGCAGAUUGCCAAGGAGAGACCGGGUACCGAGACCUCGGGGUCUGUGCUCCCAGGUCUGCUGGAGUGGGUGGUCUUGGGGAGCAAGGGCCCCGCUCCGUCCCCUGCAUCCCACGGCACCCCUCGCCGCCGCCGGAGGCUCCCUGGAGGAGGAGCUCCGAACGCGGAGGAGGAGCCAGACUCUGGGAGCCGGGACACCAUUCACCCGGAUAGGAGGCAGAACCAGGGAGGAACCCGUCAGCCAGGUGGGCAGAAAGCUCCGGGAGCAGCCUCAUGGAAGAGAAACAGAUUCUGUGCGUGGGGCUAGUGGUGCUGGACAUCAUCAAUGUGAUGGACAAAUACCCAGAGGAGGACACGGACAGCAGGUGCUUGUCCCAGAGAUGGCAGCGUGGGGGCAACGCAUCCAACUCCUGCACCGUCCUCUCUCUGCUUGGAGCCCCCUGCGCCUUCAUGGGCUCGCUGGCCCCGGGCCACGUUGCCGAUUUUGUCCUGGAUGACCUUCGCCGCUAUUCUGUGGACCUCCGCUACAUGGUCUUUCAGACCACGGGCUCCGUCCCCAUCUCUACAGUCAUCAUCAGCGAGGCCAGCGGUAGCCGCACCAUCCUACAUGCCUACAGGAACCUGCCAGAUGUGUCUGCUAAAGACUUUGAGAAGGUUGAGCUGACCCGGUUCAAGUGGAUCCACAUUGAGGGCCGGAAUGCAUCAGAGCAGGUGAAGAUGCUGCAGCGGAUAGAACAGCACAAUGCCAGGCAGCCUCCAGAGGGCAAGAUCCAGGUGUCCGUGGAGGUGGAGAAGCCGCGUGAGGAGCUGUACCAGCUGUUUGGUUAUGGAGAUGUGGUGUUUGUCAGCAAAGAUGUGGCCAAGCACUUCGGGUUCCGGUCAGCAGAGGAGGCCCUGAGGGGCCUGUAUAGCCGCGUGAGGAAGGGGGCCACACUGGUCUGUGCCUGGGCGGAGGAGGGCGCCGACGCGCUGGGCCCUGAUGGACGGCUGCUCCACUCGGACGCUUUCCCACCGCCCCGCGUGGUGGACACUCUGGGGGCCGGAGACACCUUCAACGCGGCGGUCAUCUUCAGCCUGUCCCAGGGUGAGUACCCCAGCAGGAGGCACAGGGCUGGGGCCUGCCCCUGUCCCGAAGACCCAGCUGACCUGGCCACUCAUCCCUCUGUCCAGGGAAGAGCAUGCAGGAGGCGCUGAGGUUCGGCUGCCAGGUGGCCGGCAAGAAGUGUGGUCUGCAGGGUUUUGAUGGCAUCGUAUGAGUGCCCUGUGGCAGCGGACACCGGCUCACACCCUGCCCCUGGCUGGCGUCACUGGCUUCUGUUGCCUUUUCCUCUGAGGCCAGUAUGGCAUCAGGCUGCCCUACUUCCUGGGCCGAUCCAGGCUGCGGGAGGGCUCCACCUGUGACCUGGCAUCUCACUUGGCAGAGUCGCAGAGCAAAUAAAUCUUCCCAGAGCCAGCUUCCUCCUGGCA